AUGAAGAGGCCUGUUUUCAAAUUAGGGAUAAAGUUUGGUACAGUCCAGAUCUUAAGGGAUGCUUUGAGGGAAAUGGCUAUACAAGGAGGCUGGGAAUAUGUUUACAUUAAGAAUGAAAAAGUAAGGUUACAGGUUGUCUGCAAGGAGGAUGAUUGCCCUUUCGAGCUGUUUGCUUCUAAACUGCAGCAUGAGGCUACUUUGAUGAUCAAGGGGUAUAAUUCAAAGCAUACUUGCAUAAGAAAAUUCAACAACAAAAUGGUGAAGCUGAAGUACUUAACUACAAAGUUCAAGGACCAGAUAGCCAUGAAUGAAGCAUGGAAACCAGAUUCACUAGCUAAGACAAUGUUUGCCAAUAUUAAAGCAAGGGUAUCAACUCAAAUGGCUUAUAAGGCCAAGAGGGCAGCUUUGCUGGAGGUUGAGGGUUCUAUAAGAUACCAGUUUGCAAGGCUGAAGGAUUAUGGCAGUGAGCUUAAGAGGGUGGAUCCGGAAACUACCAUAGAUAUAAAGUGUGAUUUCAGCAACACAAGCAAGGAACCACUCUUCAAAAGAAAGUACAUAUGCUUGGGAGCUUUAAAGAAUGGAAUAAAGGCUGGUUGUAGAAGUGUCAUUGGAUUGGAUGGAGCACACUUGAAAAGCUGUUUUGGAGGGCAGCUUCUGACUGCUGUUGGUGUAGAUGCCAACAACACAAGUUGGGUUGUCGCAUAUGCAAUGGUGGAAAUUAAGAGCAAGGACUCAUGGACAUGGUUUCUGGAGCUUUUGUGCAAGGACCUAGACAUCAAGGAAGAUGGAGCAGGAUGGGUGUUUAUUAGUGACAAACAAAAAGGACUGAAACCGGUGCACAUAUAA